ACGGAGCCCUCCUCUUCAUCCUCCUCCUCCUCGCCCUCUGCUGCCGCCGCCCCGGCAGCCGCGCAGCGGAGCAGGGCGCACUCCCCCAGCACCGCUCCGCUCCGCGCCCGCCCAGCCAGACGGACAGACGGACUCGCGGCUCCGUGGCGGCCAUGGAGCACCGCGGCGCCUCCCCGCUCCUCCUCGCCCUCGCCCUCCUCAGCGCCCUCUGCUGGCGGGCGCGGGCGUUGCCCCCGCGGGGCGCCGCCUUCCCUCCCGUCCCGCGAUUGGGAAACAGAAUGUCAUUUGAUGGAGCCAGUGAACCUGACCAUGCCCAUGGGUCAUUAAAGUCAGAAUCAGAUAUUUUGCAGAACACACUACCUGAAAAUGAGAAAUUCUAUUUUGAUCUGUCCAGAAUUAUUGAUAGAAAUGCAAGGCAUGCUGAUGGAAUUUUCACCAGUGUCUACAGCCAUCUUUUGGCUAAACUUGCUGUGAAGAGAUAUCUGCAUUCGCUUAUUAGAAAACGAGUUAGCUCCCAGGACAGUCCUGUCAAACGCCACUCUGAUGCUGUCUUCACCGACAACUACAGCCGCUUUCGAAAGCAGAUGGCUGUGAAGAAAUACUUAAACUCAGUUUUAACUGGAAAAAGAAGCCAGGAAGAACUAAAUCCUGCUAAACUUCGAGAUGAAGCAGAACUUCUUGAACCAUCCUUUUCAGAAAACUACGAUUCUGUAGAUGAGCUGCUGAGCCACCUCCCACUGGACCUCUGAAGGACACCUGAUAAAGUCUAUGACAAGAACAAGCUAUUUUUGAGUUCCACAUAGUAUUUCAAAGAGAUGACUUUAGUCAUCAAACCAGAACAAAUAUGUUGUGAAGUGAAAGUUGUGAUAUAUUUGUUUCUUACGUAAUAAAAGUUGAUAUUUACAUUGUAAAUAUUACUCUAGCAUUCUCUACUGAAAGCUGUACAUAUGGAUGCCAGUUUAACUCAUAAGAAGUCUGUGAGUCCAUAUGCUGUAAAUCCUUUACUUCAAUAAAUUCAUUUGAAAAUGAGUGUGCAGCUGAAAAGAGCCCAUCAUGACUAAUUAAUUGGCUUAUUUUAGGUGUGUUCCAACUUCAGAAAAACAUGUGUAAUGAUAAGGAAACAUUUCUAGAUAGCCACAUAAAGAACAUGUAACAACAUGAGGGGAAGAAUGUCCAAAGUGUGUAAAACUGCUUUACAAAGAUCUCUGAAGGUUAUUGCCAAGAAAUGCUUUUCUAGCAGUUUACCAAGCAAUCAAGCAAUCAGAAAAAAUUAAUAAGAAUUUAAAAGUUUUUGACCUCCAGCAGUAUCUUUGCUUCUGGUUCUCAUUUUUAAUA